GCUAAAAGAGAGACUCUGUGGUGCCCAGCAUAAUGAAAACAGACAUUUGGCGCUAAAAUAAACAAAGGCCACGGGACUGUUUUUGGCGCUCAGCUAACAGCCUAGAAGAGACUAGCGCUCAUUUCACUUUUGCAUAUUUCAACUCAGCGCAUUUACGUGCAUUUCAAUCAAAACGGACUUCCUUUGCAUUCUGAUGGACUUAAGUGAAAUAGUGAAUAAGGUCAAUAUUUUACACUUUGCUUGACAUAGAUGCUGAUAUUUUGAUGCCAUAUUUGGGUUUAACUUUUGACAUUCCAACAUUACCUAAGUAGAGUUUUGAUAUCGUUCCACAAGUAUUGUUUAAUGUAAGAAUUGAAUUUUUGGGAUAGUCUAUGCAAUUUAAUUGAGUUAAAAUGUUGCAGCCAGAUACAUUAGAGUCUCACGAGUUAGACGUAGAAGAACAGAUCCAAGGCCUCCUAACAGAAAUCAAAGAACUUAAUGACAACCUAGAAAAUGAAACAGCAGAGGAAAAAAGACAAGAGUUAAAGGAAGAAAUUCAAAACAAGGAACAGACUCUAAAUAGCCUUACAGAGCAUGCAGAUAAAGACAAACAAGGCCCAAGACGCUCUGUUCGUCCUCGUGCCCCAACUGAAAAAAUGCUUGCGCUUCAAAGAGAAGAAGCACAGAAAGGGAAAAGGAAAUUUCUCACUGCAUAUUAAAAUUGGAAAUUUGAGGUCAAUAACGCGUGUCAACAACUGAAAUCAGACCUCUCAACAACUGGGUUAGCCAUCCUUAUUGACACACUGGAGGAUUUAAUAAGAUGAUUAAAUUGUACAGCGAAAUAAGAGAACUUAUCACACCUUCACCGGACAUAAGACGACGUGUAGAUUCAUGUGAAGCCAUGAUGGCAGAUGUUCUAAAGAUCAUUCACGAGAGAAUCGCAGGCAUUGAUGAAUUUGCCGCUUACAUAAACUUUUCGAUUAUGAUUAUGCACACUCUAUCUUUGGUUCUGCGGUCUCUGAAGUAAGUCAAACACACAGCCAGCACAGUAGUGCGUCUCUCUUAGCAGCCAAACGGGCAGACGCGGCAGCUGAGGUCGCUGCUAAAGAGGCCGAAUAUGAAAUGCUGUUGAAGGAACGUGAACAAAGGGCUAAAAUACUACAGCUAGAAGAACAAUACAAGAAAGCACUUGAAUCUCAAAAAAGAGAACUUGAAAAAUUACGAACAGAAAAAGAUCUAAAAGCUGCUCAAGCCAAAUUAAAAGUCUACACUCAAGAAACAGAAAGAGUUAUUGUGCGGCGAUCUACUAACCCUGCCAAGUCCCUCCCUCUGGAGCAGCGAGCCAAUUGUUGCUGCUCCACGUGAGCCGGCCAAACUUGGCUUUUUGGCAGGACCAAGAAUCGAACCCCGGUCCCCGCAAACUGUUCUAUCUAAGGAAAUAUGUGAGCGGUCCAGCCCGUUAAACUCUUGAUGGAACCUUCUACCGCAAUGAUGAUGAGGCUUAUAAUGAUGCCUGGAACCGACUCGAUAACCGAUAUGGACAGCCAUUCAUUAUACGAAAGGCUUUUAGGGAAAAACUUGCUAACUGGCCCAGAAUCAGUCCAAAAGACGCAGUUAGCCUCAGCGAGUUUUCUGAUUUUCUGAAUGCUUGCCAGGAUGCAAUGCCAUAUGUAAAGGGCCUGCCUUCAAAUCAUAAAUGACUGUCAAGAAAACCAAAAAUGAGUACAGAAACUACCUGACUGGACCAUCUCUAGAUGGAAUCGGCAGGCCACACACACCCUAAGUCGGAAUCAAGAAUUCCCAACGUUCCAAGAAUUUGCUGAAGUUGUGGCUACGGAAGCAGAAAUCGCAUGUAACCCAGUAACCUCCUUCUAUGCUCUUCGCUCGCCAGACACGGCAAUAGAGAAACGGAACCUGAAAGAAAACAAAAGAAUGGUUAGAGUGCUGAGCACACAAACGGACAGUGAUGAUCAAACCAAAACAGAAAGGCCACCCUCAAAAUCUUGAUGCAUGUUCUGCCAAGGCACCAAUCAUCAACUCCACAAUUGCACCAAAUUCACAGAAAAGGUCAUUGAGGAACGUAGAAGGUAUGUGCAAGAAAACAAACUUUGCUAUAGCUGCCUGCGUCCAGGACACAAUGCGAAGGACUGCCGCAGUCGACAGACAUGCAACAGCUGCAAAGGCAGACACCCCACUAGUCUACACGACAACAACUUCAAGAAACAGACAAAAGUCACACCACCACAGAACAUGUCAAGUGAUGCAAGUGCCACAGCUUUAAAUGUAGCUACAAGUCAGACCACUAAUACCUCCAUGAUUGUGCCCGUAUGGGUAUCUACAAAAACUAACCCAAGCAAUGAGAAAUUAGUGUAUGCGCUCCUUGACACUCAAAGUGACACAACAUUUAUUGAUCAAGGAGUCAGUGAAGAUCUUCAAGCUGACUCCUAUCCUGUCAGAUUAAGGCUAACCACCAUGUUAGACAAAGACACAGUUUUACAAAGUAGAAGAGUGACAGGCCUUCAAGUGAGAAGCUAUAGCUCUGCUAAUCACAUUGAUCUCCCGCCUGCCUAUACAAGAGACAGUAUACCAGUAAAUCGUACCCAUAUACCUACCUGUGACACUGCCAGGUGUUGGAACCACCUCGUAGCUAUCGCCAAAGAUAUCCCACCCCUUCAAGACUGUGAGAUUGGCCUGUUGAUAGGCUAUAACUGUUCAAGGGCUCUGGCUCCCAGGGAAGUAAUUGCUGGCAGGAAUGAUGAACCUUAUGGCAUACAGACAGAUCUCGGAUGGAGCAUUGUGGGAUUCUCACCUGCACGUCUCGAUACGCCCCAAACCAGCGGCCUAUGCCACCGCAUAACUGUCAAAGAGCUCCCCCCUAUUACUCCAGCAGAUGCCCUCCGCAUCCUAGAGAGUGAUUUUAAAGACACCAAUGAAGACAGUAAGAAAGUGUCACAAGAUGACAUUCUGUUCUUAAACAAAAUGAAAGAGAACAUAAGGAAAAACAGUCAUGGUCAUUACGAGAUGCCCUUGCCAUUUAAGGAAAGACCCAUGCUUCCUGACAAUAUGCUGCUCGCCACAGUCAGACUCAAUCACAUGAAACGAAAGUUAUCCAAGGAUCAGACACUCCACAAAAACUACACAGACUUUAUGAAAGAAAUAAUAGACCGUGGAGAUGCUGAGGAAACUAAGGAAGAUGGCGUGAAAGGAGAAACUUGGUACCUACCCCAUCACGGAGUGUACCACUCAAAAAAGCCAGGAAAACUACGUGUGGUCUUUGACUGUUCAGCGAAAUAUGAAGAUGUAUGCCUAAAUGACAAUGUUUUACAUGGACCAGUCUUAAUCAACAACUUGAAUGGCAUCCUGAUAAGAUUCCACCAACACCCGAUUGCACUGAUGCGUGAUGUUGAAAAAAUGUUCCACGUCGAUGAACCAGACAGAAAUUAUUUAAGUUUCCUUUGCUGGAAGAACGGUGACCUAGAGAGAGAACCAGAUGUGUUCCGCAUGAAAGUCCAUCUCUUUGGCGCCACGUCAUCUCCUGCAUGUGCGAACUAUGGCAUAAAACGCCUUGCUGAAGAGCACAGUAACGAAUACCCUCUUGGCGCCCAAUUCGUCAUGAAGAACUUUUAUGUUGAUGAUGGUGUGGCUAGUGUAGCCAACACAGAAGAUGCAAUACAACUAGCUACAGAUGCAAGAAUGCUUUGUGCAAAGGGCUCCCUAAUGAAUCACAUGUAAGGGUUUGUCAUAUAUACCUGGAAAGGUUUUGUUUCAUUGUCAAAAAAAAAGGGUAAUGUGAUGAGAUGUGAUUUCAGGAUGAUUUGAGUCAUCGAUACAAGUGAAUAAGUGAUUUAAAAGGUCAUUGAUGAUUAAAAAGUUUAAUUCAUGAGUUAAAAAGGACCAGAUUAUUAUAUUAAUGUUAAGGGAAGUCAGUUCAUGAUUUCAGAAUGUUUUGUCAAGUGUAAAGACGUUAUGUCAAGGUAUUGAAUCACUUUAAGGUUUGUGUAAGAUAUACACCUCUUAAUGUGUUUCUUUAUGUUAAAUGUAACAGAAUGUCAAUUAAGGGUCAUUCUCUAUGGAAAUCAUUUGUAUCAGUUGUCACUCUAACUAAUGAUUUGGUGGGGGUGUAGAUUACCCUAUCUUUUGAGUAUACAAGGUACUGAUUAUUGAUUUCUGUUGUAAUAUCAUUGUAAGAGCAAAGGACUUUUAGUGAGCAAGCUAUCCCAUGUGCGCACUUUUAUAUUGAAAUACAACAUAUUGACAUGCACUACGACCUGCCUGCAUAUGCGCAAUAAUAAUUCGAAAAGUUUCCCAGAAUUAAUUGCUUCACAUGGAUUGUCUCAAACUGUAUAGAACGGAAAGCUUGCUCCCUUUUACUGAAGAGAUUACAAGCUCUUACGGUGUUGUUGGUGCUGUUACGGUGUUCUUACGGCUGUCAAUCUUUAAUGGGUGUUUAUGCUUUCAUAGUAAGGUCUAUAGGCUACGUUAAAACCAAGUCUACUCAGUUUCAGGAAUAAACGCUACUUUUAUUGCACAAACAACAUCAGUCUUUGAGCCGUCUUUCAGUUGCGCUAGCUACAAAGAAAAAUCAAGCAUAGGUCAAAACAACAGCAGAGACGGACAUUGAGCUGGGCAACUAUACAUUAAUUUCCGCUGGUUUCAUUUCCCUGCACGCAUGUACGGGCACACCGCCUGUAGAUGGCCUUCUCCUCUUAUUUUGACGCCACACAUAACGUCUGUGACUCUGGAGCGUUGGAACCGGGAUGGAGAGAGUGCGAGACUGCGAGUGCGUAGAAAGAGGCGGAGACUAUCUCCUUUAAGGGACUGUGUGUUCCUCUGAACUGAUACAGCGAAUGGUACUGCGCUGGUUAUUUCCACCUGUCAAAACAUCUGUGACUCUGUAGAGAUACCUAUUGCUGGAAUAAGAGGGAAGACAUCUCUUACGAAUCGAGGACGCGUUUAUUUAGCCCAUGCCCAAACGAAACGUGGCUAAGCCUCCUCAUAGAAAUCACAUGACACUGGGACCACAUGACCAGGCGAUGCAGUGGAUGACCGACACAGCUUUUCAGUAAGCCAAGAUGUCGUCUGCCACUGAAAAUGGAGUCGGAGGCUCCCGGAAUACGAACAUAGAGAAGACCUACAAGAAGACCACAUCGUCGGCCCUGAAGGGUGCGAUCCAGCUGGGGAUCGGGUACACAGUGGGGAACCUGACCUCCAAGCCUGACAGAGAUGUUCUCAUGCAGGACUUCUACGUGGUGGAGAGCGUGUUCCUACCCAGUGAGGGGAGUAACCUGACCCCGGCCCACCGCUUCCCGGACUUCCGCUUCAAAACCUAUGCCCCGCUGGCGUUCCGGUACUUCCGGGAGCUCUUUGGGAUCAAGCCAGACGACUACCUGUACUCCAUAUGCAAGAAUCCCCUGAUUGAGCUGUCGAACCCAGGGGCCAGCAGCUCCCUGUUCUACCUGACCAGCGAUGACGAGUUCAUUGUCAAAACUGUGCAGCACAAAGAGGCAGAGUUCCUGCAGAAGCUGCUUCCAGGCUAUUACAUGAACCUGAACCAGAACCCCAGGACCCUCCUGCCCAAGUUCUACGGGCUGUACUGCGUGCAGUCGGGCGGGAUGAACAUCCGGCUGGUGGUGAUGAACAACGUGCUUCCGCGCCCCAUCAAGAUGCACUACAAGUACGACCUGAAGGGCUCCACGUACAAGCGCAGGGCCUCGCGCAAGGAGCGCGACAAAACCUGCCCCACCUACAAGGACCUGGACUUCCAGGACAUGCACGAGGAGGGCCUGCACUUCGACACUGAGACCUAUAACGCCCUGAUGAAGACGCUGCAGAGAGACUGUCGGGUGCUGGAGAGCUUUAAGAUCAUGGACUACAGCCUGCUGUUGGGGGUGCAUGUGCUGGACCAGAGCCAGCGGGACGAGGAGGCCUCGCAGGUGGGGGGGGACGGCCGCCGGCCUGUGGGGCAGAAGGUGCUCUACUCCACCGCCAUGGAGUCCAUCCAGGGGGACGGGCGGGCGGGCGAGGUCACCACCACCGAUGACACAAUGGGGGGAAUUCCUGCAAGGACACACAAAGACGAGAAGCUGCUCAUAUUUCUGGGGAUUAUCGAUAUCCUGCAGUCAUACAGGUUCAUUAAGAAGUUGGAACACUCCUGGAAAGCUCUCGUAUAUGAUGGUGACUCCGUCUCCGUCCACCGGCCUGGUUUCUAUGCCAACAGAUUCCUGAAGUUCAUGAGCACAAGGGUGUUCCGGAAAAUUCAGACUAUCCGGUUCUCUCCCUCCAGGAGGACCCGGAACUCCAUCCCGGCACUGAAGGCCUCCUCCCAGGAGAUCCUGUUGCAGAGCGAGGACCGCAACGAGGACCGGAAGGACCGGCUCACUGGCGCCCGCAGCCUGGCCAGCCUGGAUGGGCCAGCGUUCGGCUCCCGCCCCCGGCCCAACCCGGUCCUGCCCGCUUCACCCUUGCGCGAGGCCGCAUCCAUGGCAACCACAAUCUCCACCUCCUCCCUGUUUACCAAUGACCCGUACCUGGAGCCCUAUUCUGAAGACAGAGUCCGUUUGGCCUCUGGUUCCACGUUCACCCUGGAGGACAGCGCCAUUUGCCUGACGUCUGAGCAGAGCACUCCGGAUAUGGACCAAGACGACGGCUCUGUGCUGGACGUCUACUUGUAAAAGGGCCAGCAUCUUCUCCACCAGCAAUCUCCUGUCAAUCAUCUGACAAUCGCCACGCUACACCGGACGAGCGGAGGACCACUUCGCGCAGUCAUGGGGGCCAGCCUUCGACCCCUGACCUCCGACCUCAUCCAACUCGGUCAAAAGCCGCAGUUCCACCCCAACCAUUCCUCCGGCCCCUGCUGCGAUCCUCUGUUGCCAAUUCACGCACAGCCGGGCUGAGUGCACCCCUCAGAACGGACUAAGAGAUCCCGUCUCUCCAAAGGAAAUCACAGCACAGCUACAUGGCCUUUCAUUGUGUCCUGAUACUUGCUGGGAUAUAGUGCCGCUUCUCAAGAGCAUGUCAGAUCGACACUAUGUAACUUUAUUUUUGUUUAAUAUUACCUGUUAAUUACAUUUAUGAAGAUUAUUUAAUAUACACAUAUAUAUUAUAUAUAUAUAUAUAUAUAUAUAUAUAUAUAUAUAUAUAUAUACACUCACUGAGCACUUUAUUAGGAACACCUGUACACCUACUUAUUCACAUUUACUCAGCCAAUCAUGUGGCAGCAGUGCAAUGCAUAAAAUCAUGUCAGGAGCUUCAGUUAAUGUGCACAUCAACCAUCAGAAUGGGGAAAAAUGUGAUCUAAGUGACUUUGACCGUGGAAUGAUUGUUGGUGCCAGAAAGGGUGGUUUGAGUAUCUCAGAAACUGCUGAUCUCUUGGGAUUUUUACACACAUCAGUCUCACAACAGAGUGUACAGAGAAUGGUCACUGAGUGUGUGUGUGUAUAUAUAUAUAUAUAUAUAUAUAUAUAUUAUUAGAGAAAUAUAUAGAAUAUAUAUUUGUUUGACUGAAUGUUCUCUCUGUCCUUCCUGCUGACCAGAGCUUAUUCCUGCAAUCCAAAGUAAUUGCACUUGGCUUUAUAACGGCUUGCAUUUUUUAAAAGAAUGACAAUGUUUACAGCGAUCUCUUUUUUGUUUGGACUUUUGCCGAAGUACCAUGCGCCAUUUCACUGGCCCCAUUCUGCCGUGAGCGCCAGCGCAGACGGCUGUUAAAAACAGUCAUCACUCCUAGGCCACUCGGAACCGCAACUAUGGCACAAACUAAAACAAAAUGUGGUUGGCUCUUGGGAGUGAGGCAUCGACAGGCGUGUUUGUGCGCUGCACGGACUCCUUUAACCCGCCAACUCUGUUCUCCGGCACUCAGAAAAGACAAAAACGGACAGAACUUAAAAGAACAGCAGGCCGAGCUCACCUCAUCCCCAUUGUCUUUGCGAUCAGAUGUGAACUUACACGCUACAGUAAACACUGCCCUCUAGUGGCAAAGAAGGAAACCACACUCCCAGUCCAAAUUUUGGCACUUUUGAUGAGCGUAUAAAAUAAUAAAUAUAUGUGAUAAAUAUGUACGGUCAUAUCCUGACUCAGGUGAGAUUCCAGACCUAAAUAUGUUUUGAUAGGUGAAUAUGCACAUUUUUCUUUUACCUACACACAUCCUGUACAUUGUGUGCUGUGUGUGCCUAGGUAUGUGGACAGAAUCACAAAUGGAGAAAGUUGAGCAGUGAUGUUCAGAUGCACAUAGGAACUGUUUUUCAGGAUGAAUGAGUUAAUCUCAGGAUACCCUUUGUACACAAUAAUGUGUAUUCCACAGUGGGAUGUCACAAAAUACUGGGCUGACCAGCAUUUUGGACACGACACAAAAGCUAGCCAAUGAUUCCAUGCAGACGAUGUCAACAUAUCUUAACUUCAUGAUUGCACCUUUUGUUGGUUUUUGAGACCAUAAUUUAUUGAAUCAUUGAUAAACACAUGGUUUGCUGAAGAAUAUUUUAAUCUCUGAAUGUAAAGAAAAGUUGUAUUUAUAGAAAAAGAUGCUACUGUAUGUAAAAUAGUAAAAACACUUGCUGAA